AUGGAGUUACCCUCCAUGCACAAGGAGAACGCCACCGAGCUGCGACAAAUCGCGGACGGUGCGUCCAAGCACUUGAACGCUCUUCGAGCGCUGAAUCGCCCCAUCGAGCAAUGGGACGAUUUACUUGUAUUUAUCGUGGGUUCAAAACUUGACGCGCUCACACUGCGAGAAUGGCAAGCGUCAUUAACGGGAUCCGAUAUCCCGACCUUCAAAAAACAAGUCGAGUUUAUCGCGCAUCGAUGUCAGGUUCUCGAGGCCACCGGCAAGGCUAAUGUCGCGGGCGCGAAGAUCGCCAACGCUCGUGCUUCAGCAAAUGGGAAGCGCCAGGCUGCGUGCGCGGCGACGUUGAAAUUCAAAUGUAGCUUCUGCAAGGGUGAUCAUUCGGUGUAUCACUGCAAAAAGUUUCUUGACCUCAGUAUUUCACGUAGAAAUGCCGAAAUUCGCAAGUUAAAGGUUUGCCUCAAUUGUCUGCGGUCUACGUCGCAUACAGCAAAUAAGUGCACUGCGGGCGCGUGCAGGGUGUGCAAGGCUAAACACAAUACGUUGCUGCACACGACCACGUCCAGCGAGACGACCGAUUCCAAUCAAGAGGCGACAGAGAAAUCAGGCUCAACGGUAUCACCUACUGCGCUAGCCAUGCACUUAUCGUGCCCCCUCGACGGCAAGUAUGCCAUGCUUUCAACGGCCGUCGUACACGUCCAGGAUCAUAAGAAUUCGUUAGUGCCGUGCCGCGCAUUGCUGGAUUGCGGCUCACAGGCGAACUUCGUAUCGAGGAAGUUCCUGUCCAUGCUCGGCAUCACACCACGCGCCGUAGACAUUUCCAUCUCUGGCAUAAAUGGCUCGACUACCAAAUCCACGCAAACCGCCCGGUUGAAAAUGCAAUCACGCACGAACGCAUUCUCCUUCGAUAUAGAAUGCAUCGUCACGGAUCGGCUCGCCGAUCCCCAAUUCCACGUGUCAGCUAACGUCGACGUUCUCAUCGGAGCGGAUCUGUUUUGGGAUUUAAUAUGCGUAGGGCAGAUCAAGGCGUCGCAAACACACCCGACCUUACAGAAGACACGGCUGGGAUGGAUCCUGGCGGGUCGAUUGGGCAAUCCGCCCGGGCCACCGGAAACAAUUAGAUCGUUUCACGCAACGGUGACCAACGCGCAGCUUCACGAGCAGUUGAGCGGGUUUUGGCGCCAGGAGGACGUUGCCAACCAGCCAAUCAACUAUAGCAUCGACGAGAAGCACUUCCUAGAAAGCGUGACCCAAGCCACCAGCGGCAGAUACGUGGUAAAACUUCCUGUCAAGGAACAAACAAUCGCUAAGCUCGGCGAGUCUGAAGGCACUGCGCGGAAACGAUUGCAGUCACUCGAGAAGCGGUUCAAGCGCGAACCAUCUUUGAAGCCACGCUAUGAAAAAUUCAUCGACGAGUACGCUGCACUUGGCCACAUGAAAUUGGUUUCCCCGCAACCUGACGAAAGGGGAUCCGUUUACUUGCCACAUCAUUGCGUGUUCAAGACCACAUCGACGUCAUCGAAACUACGAGUUGUAUUCGAUGCUUCCUGCAAAACGACCACGGGAGUAUCUUUAAACGACGCGCUCAUGGUAGGGCCCGUCGUCCAGCAGGACUUGAUGUCCAUUUUAAUGCGCUUCCGCACUUUCCGGUACGUUUUUUCUGCCGACAUAAUAAAAAUGUACCGGCAAAUUUGGGUCGACCCGUCGCAGACGUCACUUCAGCGAAUCUUGUGGCGAGGCGACACAAACUCGGACAUCAAGACGUACGAGCUGCUCACCGUCACCUACGGUACCGCCUCGGCCUCGUACCUGGCAACGAGGUGCCUCAAACACUUGGCAGAGCAACACGAGGCUGAGUAUUCGUUGGGAUCGAAGAUCGUCAAGCGAGACUUUUACGUAGACGAUCUACUGACGGGAGCGGACACGCUCUGCGAGGCCAAGCUAAUUCGGGUGGAAGUCAUUCAACUAUUGCGGCUAGGAUGCUUUGAGCUCAGCAAGUGGGCUUCAAACUGCCCGGAGUUAAUAAAGGACAGCGCGAGUCAGGAUCAAGGGCCGAUCACAAUCGACGAUAACGCAACUUCCCACAUCUUGGGAAUGAACUGGGAUCAAGUCGAGGAUACCUUUCUAAUCUCACACAACGCUGCCGAAGGUCAAGACAAUAUCUCGAAGCGUACGAUAUUGUUGGGUGUCGCCAGACUGUUUGACCCUCUCGGACUCCUCGGUCCUAUCAUCGUCACAGCGAAACUCAUCCUCCAGGAACUGUGGCAGGCAGGGAGCCAUUGGGAUGAAUCGGUGCCGCAAGAUAUUCACACGCGCUGGUCAAGGUUUGAGCGACAGUUAACCGACUUAAGGAAAUUGCGGGUUCCUCGGUGUGUGAAAUUCUCCACGAAUCCACAACGCGUGGAAAUACACGGGUUCGCCGACGCCAGCCAGCGGGCGUACGGAGCCUGUUUGUACGUAAGAACCAAACAAGACGACGGCCAAUACCGCACCGAAUUGCUAUGUUCCAAAUCGCGCGUUGCACCGUUGAAAGCGAUAUCGCUGCCAAGGUUAGAGCUAUCGGCGGCAUUGUUGCUAUCGCGUCUACUGGAAAAGGUUCGCGCAUCAUGUGAUCUAGCCAACAUGGAAAUCUUCCUGUGGUCAGACUCCACGAUUACACUAAAUUGGAUAAAUUCAUCUUCCAGAAGGUGGGAGGUAUUUGUAGCCAACCGGAUUGGGGAGAUACAACGUAUAACCGAAGUAAGGGACUGGCGGCACAUUGCCUCAGCCGACAACCCGGCCGACAUCUUGUCGCGCGGACUCUACCCAUGUGAGCUAGGGGACGCGGGCUUGUGGUGGCACGGCCCUGCAUUCCUGCAAUCUCACAAGAAUUGCUGGCCAAGCGGAGACUUCACCCGCCUGGGGGGCGAGGUUCCCGAAGAGCGAAGAACAGUAGCGGUCGUCCUCAUCGCCGACUGUUCGAUCAUCAACGAAUUACUGGAAAAACAUUCCAACCUUAACAAGGUAUGCCGCAUCCUGGCGUAUUGCCUCCGAUGGCGCCAGAGGCAUCGAUCGAGCGCACCGACGAAAUUCGUCUCACACGGCGAGGUAACUUACGCCCUCGAAGUCGCGUGUAGAGAGGUGCAGAAGGCAGCUUUCCCCAACGAAUACAACCAGCUAAGCAAGAAUGGAACCAUCAGCGCAUCUAGUAGACUACUGCCUCUAGCUCCCUUCCUCGAUAAGGACGGAUUAAUUCGUGUAGGGGGGAGAUUAAAAAAUUCCGGUUUGCAAUUCGAUGCGUGUCAUCCCAUAUUGCUUCCGCGUGAGCAUGAACUAAAGAAACGCGUAAUAAGCCAAGAGCACGUGCGCAGCCUGCAUGCGGGAGCACAAGCCACUAUGGCCGCUGUCAGACAGCGUUUUUGGCCACUUUCUCUUCGUUCCGCCGUGCGAAAAAUUGUUAGAAAUUGUGUGAUAUGCUUCAAGGCCAGUCCGAUUCAGUCGGAGGCUUUAAUGGGCUCGUUGCCGAGCAGCCGCGUCACCGUAUCAAGGCCAUUCUCGCAGUGUGGCGUGGAUUACGCCGGCCCGAUCAUUUUAAGGGAAGGAAAACGACGCAACGCCCGCAACCACAAGGCGUACAUUUCGAUUUUCGUAUGUUUUGCAACGAAAGGUGUUCACAUCGAAUUGAGUGAGGUACAGCAAUUCCUUCGCGAACAACAAACGACAUGGAAUUUCAUUCCCCCGAACGCGCCGCAUUUUGGCGGCCUAUGGGAAGCCGCUGUAAAGUCAGCCAAGUACCACAUGUCGCGAAUCAUCGGUAAGGCCCAUUUGACAUUCGAAGAAAUGUCGACAGUGCUGUGCGAGGUGGAGGCAAUUCUCACUUCUCGGUCGCUCACGCAGCUGAGCUCUGAUUCAAACGACUUGGCAUAUCUUAGUCCAGGCCAUUUUCUAAUCGGUGCCCCGCUCAACAGCAUUCUUUGCCACAAUGUGCAUGACAUAAAUGAGAACCGGCUAACGCGCUGGCAGAGAGUGGAGCAAAUACGCCAGCAUUUUUGGCAAAGAUGGAGUAAUGAAUAUCUCCACUACCUGCAGGAGCGAACCAAAUGGAGACUCAAUAAGGGCAUACAGUUGAAACCGAAACAACUGGUGCUCAUUCGACAACAGGGCUUGGCUCCGUUACAGUGGCUCCUAGGUAGAGUGCAGGAAGUGCACACCGGUUCCGAUGGCGUCACGCGCGCCGCUACCGUCCGUACGGCCAAGGGGUCAUUAACAAGACCCUUGUCCAAACUAGCGAUAUUACCGAUAGACGUAGAUAUAGAUUAA